CGCGGUACUGUUUCGCGUCGGAAUUAAAUACAUGUCGUACCAUCAUACCCAUCGAGGUUCAUCUGUUUAUUGUGGAGCCAAUAUAAGACAUAUAUUGGGUUAUUUCGCCGGCGUGGAGGCGUUUAUGAGUUAACGUGUUGAUAAAAAUAAUACAACUUUCUCAGAAGCGGCCAUGCUGAAAUCCUCGCAGUGACGACUUGUUUAUAUUCUGAGAAGAUGUUUGCCAGACCGUUUCGUGUCAAAUCCAAUACUGCAAUCAAAGGCUCAGACAGGAAAAAACUCAAAGCUGACAUAUCCACAAUCUUUCCUUCACUGUCUGCUGAUGAGCUGUCUGAGCUGGUCCCCAACAAAGAGGAAUUAAAUGUGGUGAAAAUUUAUGCACAUAAGGGAGAUGCUGUGACACUUUAUGUUCUUAAUAAAAAUCCUCUGUUCUUUGAACUGGAGAAGCGACUUUAUCCUACAGUGUAUGUGCUUUGGCGCUACCCUGGUCUCCUACCAACAUUCAGGACAUGGCCUCCUGUGCUUCAGAAGUUGAUAGGAGGUGCAGAUCUUAUGCUGCCUGGUGUGGUGGUGCCUUCAAGUGGUCUCCCUGAAGUAAAACCGGGCGACUACUGUGCUGUCACUGUGGCGAACAACAAAGCUCCCGUUGCAGUUGGCACAGCUGCGGUGUCCAGUACAGAGAUGCACAGAUUGGGUAUGAAAGGGAGGGGAGUGUGUGUCCUUCACACAUACAUGGAUAAUCUGUGGGCUUUUGGAGACAAGUCAGGUCCUCCAUCUUUACCAUAUGCAGAGAGUGACGGACAAGGGGUGAAUGGAGAGGAAUGUGAGGUCAAUGAAAAAGAAGAGGAAGAGGUUGAGAAGUGUGUGGAGGAGGUACAGAGUCCCAGUGAAAUGGUGACUGAUCAACCCUGUUCUGGUAUUGAGGAGCUGAGGCUGACUGAGCAGGAGGAGGAAGAGAAGGUUGAAAAGGGUAAUGAGGAAGAGGAGGAGAACCAGGAUGACCAGAAAAUUAUACAAGAGAAUAUGGAUGCCUUGCUGUUGCAGUGCUUUCUCCAUGCUCUCAAGAGCAAGGUGAAGAAGUCAGAGCUCCCUCUGCUGACCAGUACAUUUCUCCGAAACCACAUGUUCUCGUGCUGCCCAAGUGGAAAGAAACUUGAUAUCAAGAAAUCCAGCUACAAAAAGCUGUCCAAGUUUCUACAGGCCAUGCAGCAGCAGCAUAACCUUGUGCGAGUGAAAGAAUUGGCCAAGGGUGUGGAGAGCAUUGUGGAGGUGGACUGGAAAAAUGAAGAACUGCGUUCGUUCCGUGUUCCCGAGGCGACAGAUGUUGAAGCGGCGCCAGAGCAGGAUGGAGGGGAAGGAGGAACUCCAUACAGUCCUCCUGAGAUCACACCUCUGUACUCUGUCUCAGCUCGAGUGGAGCCUCUCUUUAUGGAUGCUAACAAGAGGUGUGUGAAAGGAGCAAUACUGCAGCCCACUGAAGUGAGAAAUAUUGUCACUGAGUAUGUGAAGAAGAAUGAACUGGUGGAUGAAAAUAAUAAGAAUUAUGUGACCAUAAACCCUGCUCUGUGUGACUGCUUGCUAGAGAAAUCAGAGUACCAGGAGGUAGAUUCUCUCAAGUGGGAUGACCUUUUUAGCAGGACGUUGGGACGAAUGCAGGAGUGCUAUCAAGUUGUUUUCCCUGGACAGGCACCCAUUAUAAAGAAAGGCCACAUUGAGCCUAUAGACAUCUCUGUGGCUUCUCGAGGAUCGAAUAAGAAGGUGACUCUGAUAAAAAACCUGGAAGUGUAUGGUUUGGAUCCUGCAAUCGUUGCCUCUACUUUGCAGCACAGAGUCCAAGCCAGCUCUGUCUUACAGCCCAUCCCUGGAUCCAAGGACAAAGUCCUGGUCCAGAUCCAGGGCAACCAGAUUCAACAAGUCAGCUGUUUGCUGCUAGAUCACUAUCAAAUUCCUCGCAAGUACAUCCAAGGACUAGACAAAGCUUCAAAAGGUGGCAAGAAGAAGUAGCAUUUCAACAUGCUAUACCAAACAUUUACUGUCUUUAACUGCUUUACUGUAUGAAAGCACAACAAACACAAUUCACGUAAUAAAGUUGAUUCACUAUCAUC